UAAGUCAAAAAAUGUAAUAAUAGUAAAAAAAUGUCUAUCAAAAGUUAUUCCUUCAAAGCUGAAGAAAUUGAUAAACUUUGAUAAAGUCUCUCUAACAGCAUACAUGAAAUGGAAAAUUGUCUAUUAAAAAAUUAAAAAAGGUUAAAUAAAUCUUUAAAAAACCAAGAAAAAAUAAAAAAAAUAACUCAAUUAAGCAGAAAACAAUCUUCAAAAAAUUACAAUACAAAAGGUGAAUAGCAAGAAUUUAUUUUCAUAUGAUUUCAACACUUAGUAAGUACUCCUAGCAGGUUUUGCUAAAUAACAAAAAAAUGUUAAUUGA